GGCUCGAUAUUUGAAUUCUCGCAUGCUUUCUUACUCUUCGUUGCGCUUCAUCUAUCUCUGAUCUUUAGAGACACUCUCUAAACAUUUUCCGUUGAUCCCUUAAAAAGAAAAAGUCUUCCGGAUGCGCCAUUUUGAAUUCAAAAAUCAGAUGUAGUACUUGGCUAAUAUGAAUCCAUCAACGUUUGCCUCCAUGAGCGGAAAGGGAUCUAAGCGGUGUCCCACCAACUCAAAACCACACGCCAGAUUGCGCCGUUGCUUUUGCCAAUGGACGAAUUCUUAUUUCCAAUGUUCCAAUGACAAAUACCUUGAAUUGGGAAAAUCCGGACUAUUCAGCGAUGUUGAAGUUCGUGGCAACGAAAAGGAUGCAGAUCCCAUAAAAGCUGAUCGGAUCAUGUUACUGACUUUGGGAGAUUUGUUCAAACGGAAACAUUUGAUUGGCUUGAAAAGGAAGGCCGAAAAUGGCGGAGCCCUACCCAUUAUAAGUGUUGAUUUGAGUCAAAGGGCCCUAAGAGAGGUUUUAGGCUUUGCGUACACGGGCAGAUGUCCGAUGAGCAUGGACAAUUUGGUCGAGAUGAUGGAUUUUGCCGCUCAAUUUGAGACCAAGGGUUUACUGAAACUGGGGCUUGACUUCAUGAUUGAGAACCUAAAUCCUAAGAAUGCCGUCCAAUUCUACUGUUGGGCAAGAAUUUGGAUGUGCGAGAGGUCGAUCCAAAUUUUUUGGAAAUACAUCAAACUAUACUUCUUGGAAAUUGCCACUCAAUCAGAACUCACUGGAAUUGCCGGACUUUCAGAUCAAGAGGUUUUAGAUCUACUCCGAGACGAUUUCCUGAAUGUCUCAGAAGAGGAUCUUUUUCAAGUGAUCGAGAAAUGGAUCUUAAAUGGGAACAAGGAUCCCAUGAACGCGGGAAAGUAUCUCAAAACGAUUCGGUUCACUCACAUGGACCCUGAUUUCUUCACUCAACGGGUCCAACACUCAAAGAUUUUAGACACAAAAUUCCAUGUGCAGGACAUUCUCAAAACGGCUGGAAUCAUAUUGAACCAAUUCCUCGAAGCUCGGGACAUGGACUGCAAGUUUUUCCAUUUCAAAUUCAAUCCCCGACCAAGAAUUCCGAGUGAUUUUGUUUUGGGCAUUGGAGGCUGGAACGCCAAUCCCAACGGACCCACCACUCGUGUUGAGGUCUUGAACAUUCGGCAACAGAAGUGGUCUCUGUGCCCAAGAUUGGCCUUGCCAGAACCUAGAGCGUACCAUGGAUCGAUCGUAUUAAACAAGUCACUGUUCAUCUUUGGCGGCUAUGAUGGGGUCGACUAUUUGAACGACUGUAUUGCAUUUGACCUCAUCAGUAAGGUCUGGACCCAGAAGCCUUUGAUGAACGAUCCGCGUUGUUACAUCUCAGCUGCAUGCGUCAGUGGCAAAAUCUAUGCCAUUGGAGGGUACGAUGGAACCCAAAGGCUUCGAGAGGUCGAGGCUUUCGAUCCUGUUUUGAAUUGCUGGGUCUCUUUGAGUCCCAUGAGAUUCGUACGGUCGGAUGCUUGCGCUGUAGCUCAUAAAGGCCGAAUCUAUGUCAUUGGCGGGUUCACAGGAACCCAAGUUCUUCCAUCAAUCGAAGUUUAUACUCCGGAGACAAACGAGUGGACUUUUGGUCCCCCGCUAAACACAGCCAGGUCGGGAGUGACGGGUGUGGUCCACGGAAACAAGAUGUAUGUCUUUGGAGGGUUCAACGGACAGCAGAGACUUCAAUCAGUUGAAUGUUGUGACCUUGACCAGGUUAUGCCGACAUGGGAGUACAUGGCGGCUAUGCAUACACCCCGAUCCAAUUGCUCGGUGGUCGUAACUCAGGAUCAAAUUAUGGUAUUAGGAGGUUUUGAUGGGACGACCGUGAUCAAUGAAACUGAGAUGUAUUGUCCGAAACAGAAUGUUUGGCGUCAGGGAUCUCGUAUGAAGACCAAGCGAAGUGCGCUAACUGCUUGUGCCAUUACUAAGCUGGAUACGGCACAUUUGUAUUUGAACUAAGCAAAUCACUCCAACCAGAAAAUUAAGUCGAGUUAUAAACAUUUCUUGUGGAUCAAGGAUUGCAAUCGCAUUCCCCGAAAUCAGCCAAUAGAUACAACAAGGGCAAAAAUCAGGCGUCGCUGGGAUGCUCUUUGAAAUCUGUCUGCCACUCUGUUUGACCCUCAAUAUAU